AUGAAUUCAUCACCAGGGAGUGAUAAGAUGAGUUAUAAUACGUCAAAUUCAAGUCCAAUAUCUUCAAUGUCAAUACUAGAUCUGAUAAAUUAUGAACAACAAAAAAGAAAUAGAACUCGACUAAAUCCACUAUCAUCAUCACCGGUACAACUGCCAACUCAUUAUCAACCAACUCAUUAUAAAAAUAGUCAUUCACAUAAUACAUCUAAUUAUUAUAAUAGAUUAUCACCAACAAGACCAUUAAAUUUAAGAAAUAAACAUAAUAAAAUACGACAAGUUCGUGAUCAACAUCGUCAUGAUAAAUUAAUCGAGAAGAGAGAUAAAACAAAUGAUCAACAACUACAGAGUGAUGAAAAAAUCGAACAUAAUAUACAAAUCGAUGAAUUUUUAAACAAUAGAAGUAUUGAUGAUUUAAUUGCUGAUGAAGAAGAAGAAUAUAGGAUAUCUCGAAAUGAAUUAGAAGAAGCUGAAUAUAGAGCUUGGCAAGAAGAAAUGGAAUUGAUUGAUUUGAUAAAUUCAAUGGAUGUUAAUGAUAAAACUUAA